ACACCAGGCCGGCCUGCUCUAUGGGAGGAGGAAGCAGCUCUGCCGGAGCUGCGAUGGGGAUUUGAACGCACCUCCGCGCAGAAGAAGCGCCGCACGGCUCGGCUCAGAGCCGCGUCACGGUAACCCCCCGGUUUGGAAGUAACCUGAUCGGAUCGGGCCUGCUGACUGUGCGCUUGCUCUCUUGUUGUUGUAGCUCCUAGGCCGGGAGCAGGUCAGGGUUUCCCCGGGACUGUAGCGGACUGGAGCCUCCGCGGACCUGCUGCUUCCCUCGCGUGUUUUCGGAGCGUUUCUCCUCGCGGUUGGACUCGGAUACACACGUUGGACACGGGAUUAAGUGAUUAGCGCUCCGGUACCGGGGGUUGGAUGUGUGUUUUGCCCCGCAGGAGUCACCUGGAGUCCGGGCGUAGAAGCGGGGCUGAUGGCGCAACGGGUGCGUAAAAAUCAACUUUGAUUAGAGCGCAGAGGGAAGGAGAGACGGUCUGCUGCUCAAUCCAGAGCAUAAUGUUUGAUGUGAAUCAGAUCCAAAAGACGGAGUUUGUUUUCAAGAAAUCUGAGAAUUACUUUUCUCUAAAGUGACACAAAACAGGAUGAAGUCCAGAGCGAUAAAGAAAAAAAUCACACUUUUUUUGUGGGCUUUAACAUUUUAAUCGAUAUUUGAGCUGCUCCUUAAAACCGAUCAGUAAUGAACUGUUUGAAGUCCUCAAUUUAGUCACGGUAGUCUUUCUUUUUCGUCGAAUUAUCCUCAAAAAUUCGCAAGAAACUAAACUGCAAGAUUUUUUUUUUUACUACUUUAACAGAGUUCAACUACAGUGUAACACAUUUAGGCUAGUUAAACACGUUUCCAAGCGGAACUUUAUGUCAAUAUUAGAGCAAAGUUUAGCACCUUUUACGCCCAAAUGUAAAGUGUAAGUAUAUUUACAGACUACUUUUGUUUUAGCUCCAUAACUCAAGCCUUCAUUUUGUAAAUUAUAACAGUUGGGUUGUUGAUGAUUUGGUCAUUUUAUUCUCUAAAAGAAAGGUUUAUAAAUUAGGUUCAGCAAAGAUGGUGAAGUUACGGAUAAUGUGAGUUGUGUGCAACACGUACCCAGCCUGUUUUAAUUCACCUUGAACUUAGAUUUUUUUUUAUAAACGCAGAAAAUGUGUUAAAAUAACCCAGUUAAAAAGUUUGAAAAGAAGGAAUAAAUAUUUAAAUGAGAACAAACAAAGUUCUGUCUCUCCAUGUUUGGAUGAACUUUGAGUCUCCAGACUGAUCUGGAGUCAGUGUGUAACACUUCACACUUUAUAAACCCGUAUAAACACAUCAUUAGUCACACGUUCAGCACUGUGUGUGUGUGUGUGUGUGUGUGUGUGUGUGUGUGUGUGUGUGUGUGUGUUCAGAGGCCGUUUGUGCUCCAGUGGUGAAGAAUAAAAACCUUUUCUGUUGUUUGUUUCUGAUCGACUGUAAUAAAAAAUCUUGUUAGAUUGAGCUAAUCUAGGAUUUAAUAAGGACUUUUGGUUAAAGUUUAAAGAGACAUAAAAUACAUAAAUCUACCAGCUAAAUUUAAACAAUAAACCUCUGAGUUCUCGCCAUUAAGCGGCUUUUCUCUGGGUCAAAGUGUAAACGCCAUUUGUUGAUCGCUGAUCGCUCACAUUGAUACACAUAAAACACAAAUGACACGCUCUAAUCAGGACUUUUUUGUUUACUUUUUAAUUUUUUUUAACAUUAAUAUGUGAUAAUUAUGAAGGUCCUACAGAGGCCACCUGUAGCUGCACUCGAAGUUUAAGAAAAUCUGAAAAAAAUAAAUAAACAACGAGAAGAAACAGCAAAAAGGGAGCUACAUUUCAACAAUCAGCCCACUUUAAUCAAAUUUAGGGAAGUAGUUUAGCUGAACAUGAACAUUUGGGAUUUUAGAAAACCUUUUUGUUUUCUUUGAAGGUUUUAUGACAGUAAUCCCUAAAAGUGUUAAGCCAAGCAAUGUUUUUUUUUCCAAAUAAGGUCAAUAUUUUUACUAUGCUGGCUUAUUUCUGUCCUGAGUAAAUUUGUACAGUCCUUAAAUAUAAAAGACAGACAACUUUUAUUUUUAAAACAUAUACAUUUAAGACAGUAACAUGAGCACAAAGGGACGCCUUUUCUUCAUAAAGACUUCAAAACUUCAGUGUCUUUUACGGAACAAAAGUCAACAUUUCCACCUAAUGUGAGUGUAAAAGUUAAUGUCUGUUGUGCUAAAACAAAAUCACCUUAAACUUCGACCAAAACUCUGCUCUGAGGGCAUCACAGACAUUGAACGUGUGAAAGUUUCCAGCCUGCAGAGAAGAAAUCUUUUCAUACAUCCUGAAGUCAGUUUGUUUAGAGGUGGGGGAGGGGAAGUAUGAAGAUUAGGUUAUUAAUAUGAACAGCUGCACACAGCUAAGUGUUUAAAGGAUUAAAUCUAUAUUUUAAGACGCUGUAUUUGACUAUAAGUUUAUGCUAAGUUGUUUCGGUAGAGUUUGAGUUCGCAGUAUUUCGUCCUCUUGUAAAGAAAACAGAACAGAGAGAGAGACAGACACACUUCAGAUGGGAUGUUUUAAGAAAUAAGAGUACGGAUAAACUUUAAAUGAUUUUCGCUGAAAAUGGAGAAUUAAACAUUUCCCUUUUCUGAUCAGAUCUAUCCUCACAACUUUGGAUCGAACCCUAAACUCUUAGUUUUUCCAAAAACGUCUAACAUACGUUUUUUUUUAAACUUUAGAUUAAAUAAACAUCUUCACUCAUUACAGAAAAAUCCACAAACCUAUAAAACUAUUUUGAGUUUGUAAGAAAAGAAGUCAAAGAAAAACUGAAAACAUAAUCAGUUUUCUGAGGUGGAUCAGGGUUCGAUUUGAAUGUAAAAAUGUAGUCAGUCGUAAUCAAUCGUAUCCUUGUGAGAAACAAACGCUAAACGAGGAACUGAAAACAAAAGCAAAAACCUGAUGGUCAUUACUGAAAAUCUUCGGGAGCAUAGAUACACUUGUUCAAACAUGUUUUAAAAAACACCUCUGUUGAAUUACUAUUUUUAAUAGUUAGUUUAGUCGUCAUUGUUAAAUAGACGUUUUGCACAAUGUACUCUCAUGCGUUUUUUAAAAGUGAGAAGUUCUGAAAACAUUAAAAGUUUAAGUAAUUCUUUUCCCCAAAACAUCACAGCUUUCGCCACAUUACUGAAAUUAAAGAGGGGUCGUAAACAAUAAUAUCUGAAUACUAUCAUGUUACUUGUUGACUCUUUUUACAAGGGUUUUGUGGUUUAAAAAUUGCUCUAUUGUUACUAUAUUUUCUUUUUAUCGUUGCAGAAUUUAUUGAAAUGAUCCUAAAAUAUAACCAAAUGUCCACUUUGUGGCUGUAAUUUUCUUUACAGACUGUGCUUUUUUUUUUUUACUUCUAAUAACACUGUAUGACAAGACUAAAAAAAUCUAUUUCCAAAUCAGUUUGGUUCUUUUUCAAACAUUUUUCAUUUGAGUGCUCUGAUCUUAUUCUUUUACUUUGAUCUCUUAUUAUUGUUUUCAUGCCAUUUAAUUUCUUUUAUCUGUUUUUAUCUGUUUGAUCUCAUUUUAUCUCUUUGAUCUAUUUAGACCGCUUUUAUCACAUUCAAUCACUGGUUUAUAAUUCGAUUUAAUUUUUCAUUAAACUGCUUUCAUCUCGUUCUAUCUCUUUGAUCUCAUUCUUUUUGUUUAUGUCUUUUUUGCCUUGAUCUUGUUUUAUUUUCUUAUUACUUUAUUGUUUUCAUUUCUUUUUCAUAUUUGAAUCUCUUUUAAGUGUAUAUGUUGUCUCACUUCGUCCCCCUUUUUGGUUUCCGCUUAUUUGUUUUCUUUCUGAUUUUAGGGGUCCUUCUUUUUCUUUAGUACACUUUCUUGCAUGAAAAACGCCUUGUACACCCCUAGUUUUGAAGGAGCUCUACACAUGAAAUUAUUAUGAUAGCUUUUUUUUUAACAAGCAUUUUGAAAAUUGACAAAACUCUCCAUCACUCUUUUCUUGGGGCUGGUCUUUUUGGGGUUAAUAUUUAUUUUCUUUGAGGGAUAUUUGCAGCAGUGUGAAAUGCUUUAAUGGCUUUUUGUGUCAGUUGUGAUGUUGCUGCUUUUGAAAAUCGUUGCAUCACAAAUUUCAAGAGUAUUUUAGCCUCCACUGAGCUAAAGCAGCUCCUUAUGGCACAGCACAGGAGGUCGAAGGUCACACAUCUCUUAUAUCUGUUCCAGUAUGAAGACCUGGCCCACUAUGGGCUGGAUGGAGUAGGUGGAGGAGUGUAUGGAGACCCACACCACCACCACCACCACCACCACCAUGCUGCUGCUGCUGCUGCCCGCUCUCUGCAGGCCGUGCACCUGGCUGCUGCCGCAGCCGCUGCUGGGGGCGGUCCAUACCCACCACACCAGUACGCCCAGUCCACCCACACAGGCAGCAGCAGCAUGAACGCCACAGCUGGGGACGCGAUCAAGAAAGACAAAGAUGAUAUUUACGGGUGAGAUCAGUUAAAAAAAACACAAACAAAAAAGUUACAGAACUCAUGAGGAGCAUUCUGAGGAGUUUUCUGCUACUGUAAAAUAAACAAAAAUCCUUUAAUCAGUUUUAUAAGACGUGUCUGUUUAUCUGUUUUUGAGUUAAAAGCCGUUAGGAGCCCUAAAGGAGGUUAAAAUAUACAACCGUUAAUUCAAUAGUUGACAUGGAAAUGAUUUCAGCCUCUGUACUUUAUUAAGAACAGAAAGACCACAGUGUACAAGCACUCAAUUUAGCAUACAGUCUCAUUUUAGACGCAGUAAAGCAGAAAUCAGUACAAGCAGCAAAUUAUAAACAAAGUACCUCUUGUUUAACUCUAAUCUAUCCUGAACAUUGACUCUAGGUACUGUAUGUCCUUAUGUCAGCUCAUAUUAUUGUAUUACCAAGACUGCAGUUUUGCCAAACUUAGCAAUCACAGAAACGAUAGUUAUAACUAUUUGAGCAAUAGCUUUAUAUGCAAAAAAGGGGCAUAUCCAGAGAGGUGUACAGGGGUGGCAUGGACCUCUCAAAAACUACUUGGCCCCCCUAUAUCCUAACUUUGUAUUUUAAAGACCCACUCCGAUGAAAAUCAUGUUUGUCUUUUUUUUACAUGUUCAUAUAGCAUUAUUCUGAUGGUACAGGAUAUAUCAUGAGAAAAAUAAGUGCUAAAUAGUGUUUCUGAAUAUUCCUGCAUUCAAAUCACUGUGAAUCUCUGGCACACCAGAACAGCAGGCUCAGACACAGUGAGAUUUCCUACAUCACGAAUCCAAGCUCCGCCCCCCGGAGCCCCACUGUGCAGGCCAGACUAGAAGAAAUAGAGAGGACAAUCACGGAACAAGCAUGUACCGUAGUGGAUUUCAAGGCUCACAAGAAAGCUAAUAUGAUACUAGUUUUCACCGUUGCCCUAAAGACAUUAGUGUCCAAGACCUGAAUAGCUCCUAUGUUACUUUCUACUCCCACUACACCAGCAAUGUUAGGCUGCAAGCUAGCGUGCACAGAAGUGUGUAGAACUUCACCGUCUCCGCUCACGGCUCAGAGGUGAAUUGCUAAUAGGUUACUAGGGGUCUGCAGAAUAAAAGCCCCUGAAAAUGACACAGGUAGCAUGAUUUUGGCUACAAACUUCAUAAUAGCAGUUUAAAGACCACCGAUAACACUUUAAGUAGUAAAAAAACAAACAAACAAAAAAAACAUCAGAGUGGGACUUUGAGAGCGUAAGUUCACCAGAAAAACAUGAAAAAGUAAAAAUAAUUAAUUGCGUUUUUUUUUUUUUUUUGCUGCAAGAACCUCAAACUAAGCUCCACACACUUUAAGAUUUCUAUUUUUGGAAAUGUUAGAAGAAAGAAUGUUAUAGUCUGAGCUGAUACCCCCCCUCCUCUCUUGCAGACAUCCUUUAUUUCCUCUGCUUGCACUGAUUUUUGAAAAAUGUGAACUGGCGACCUGCACGCCGAGAGAGAGCGGCGUGGCUGGAGGAGAUGUCUGCUCCUCGGACUCCUUCAAUGAGGACAUAGCUGUCUUCUCCAAACAGGUAGGUUACAGAAACAACCUUAUCAUCAACAUGUCAAAGAUGAUACAAAACAGACUCUGGAGGAGUCUUAAGGGCCAGGGCUGGAUUUAACAUUUAGAGGGGCAGUGGGCAAAAUGAAGUUGAGACCCCCCACCCCACCCCACUUCUUCUUUCUAUGCAUAUUGAGCAGAAAAUUGAGUGAAAAUUGAGCAGAAGAUGAAUAAAGUAUGAAACGUUAUUGAUCCAGACGAUGUGUUUGUGUUGUACACUUAAAUCUGUAUGUUUGUGUCUAGAUCCGAUCAGAGAGGCCUUUAUUCUCAUCAAACCCAGAGCUAGACAAUUUGGUGAGUUGUUUAUAUUUUAGGUAUUAUGACUCUAAAAUUUAACAUUCAUAUGUUUGGUGGAAAGCAGCGAUUUCUUUGUGCCAAAAAACACCUAACUUUCUGUUUGUUUUUCCCUCUUUAGAUGAUUCAGUCGAUACAAGUGCUUCGUUUUCAUCUCCUGGAGCUGGAAAAGGUCGGAAAAAAAAGAUUAAUUUCAAUGACCUUUGAGUUUUACUUGUUGUUUUCACAGUCCAGUAGCCGCUAAUGUUUGUAAUGUAAUUCAAAGAAAGAGAUCAAAACCAAACAUGGAAAUGUCCACUUGUUGCAAACCCAAGCUUUUUCCAAAGUGUAUGCCUAAACUUGGAAUUUAUAUUCUCUAGGUUCAUGAGCUCUGUGAUAACUUCUGUCAUCGAUACAUCAGCUGUCUGAAAGGGAAAAUGCCAAUUGAUCUGGUUAUUGAGGACAGAGAUGGAAACAAAUCAGAUAACGAGGACUUCGUCAGGUCAUCAGGGAACAACAUAGAUCAGGUGAGCUUGCUUUACCUUCAGUAAACUGAUGCACACUCUAAAUCCUGGUGUUCAGGUCAAAACAGAAAAGCUACAAAAAAGGGAUGUUGGUGCAAACACCAGACCAACCGUCAGAGAAAUGAUCUUUAUCCUCCCGGAUUUCUUCUCUGUGUGCAAACAUUUUAAAACCAUUAACCUGUCUUUCAUCCUCUUCUCUGCAGAUUUCAUGGAGCAGAGAUCAUGAUGAUGCAGCAUCGAUACGAUCAGCCGGGACGCCAGGACCAUCGAGUGGUGGGCACACGUCCCACAGUGGAGACAACAGCAGCGAACAAGGUGACAGUUGUAAUAGUUGUAAUAUCAACUGUUACAUUACUACAACAGGAAUAUUUCUAUGUACUUCAAAGGUCUUUGCGAAUGCUUCUGUGUCGUAAUGCAGAAAAGGUGUCAGGCAGUAGGUGUCAAUAAUGUGUAAUCAGUCUGUCACAUCAAGCAUCACAGAAGAACAUUGUCUGCAUACUUAUUGAACAUUUUCUCGAGUUGGUGGCAAAUCUACAGUAUCAAAUAGACCUUAAUAAACUGGAAGCUUGCCAUGAUUGAAAAAAAAUACAGCCAGUGCCGCACAUAAGAUGAGGUAAUGAUGACAGCAUUUCCCCAAAAUUUCGCCUAGUGUUAGUUCAGGCAAGCUAUUAAGUCAUGCUCAGCCCCCAGUGCAUCAACUCCUCCUAAUUAUGCUGUGCCUGAUUUUGACCAGAGUCAUAAUCCUGAAAUAGUCCCAAUAUUAUCACUGAAAAGCUGUCUGCACUGCUAUUCAGUUAGAGUCUAGGUACUGUUACCAACAUGAGUGAGCCUGAUGUAUACGUGCACAUGUGACAACGUUUAUGAAUGGUGACAGAGGUUUUCGAACAUGUUUGACUUUAAGAGAAGUUGAAAAUAAAGGGAGAAGGUUGGGAAAAAAAACAGGGGGAGUGAUGAAGGUUGACGGACGACGUGAGCUUUGAGCAGAGCUGUAAAAAAGGGUGCUUUAUGUCCGCGAACACACACACAUGCAUUCAGGGAAGAAGGAGUAACACAGCACGGAGCACAUGCACCGAAACAUGCCUUAACUAAAUGAACAGGUGGAAAUUAAAAAAGUAUAAUCACACAACACAAAUUGAACAAGCCAGAAAAGGCAAAAUAAAAAAAUCUAAAUGUAUUCCCAGCUAUGGAAAUAGUAUCUUAACACUUCUGAAUCUCUUAAUACUUGGCUCAUAAAGACACUAAUAAAUAGGACCUUUAACCAAGAUGGUGGAUUAAAUAACUAGAGAUAUUCUUGAAAACGCUCAGACUCCAACAAUCAUGUUGGAAGCAGCAUCUUUUACAGUUCCCUUUGCACUUUUUCUUUCUUUCUGUGAAAUAAAGUCUGGAGAGUAUCAACAUUAACUGAAUCUGCAACAGAGUUUCAAAUGUCUUGUAAAUAACCUUGUGCAAUGCGCUGAUUUAAAAGUCAAAUUUCAGACAAGUUAAGAAAGAAUAAAGCCCUCUUCAUAAUCUAAGAAAUCUGAAAAAAAACUAAUAAAAUAGUAUCCCUCAUCUCAAAUUUGUCAUUUAUCCUUAAAUUACCGGCAGAUGAAGGAAAAUGUGUUUUGUCAGACUUUAAAGGCAUAAAAACUUGACAACAGUAACUGCUUUUAUGAGCUUUGACAGUAAAACCAAAGUAAAUACAGUCUGACAUCAACACACUCUGCAGGUCUGGCCCAGUGCUGCUGGUCCUGGUCCAGCCUGUUCUGGUAGCAUGCGUCUGUUAGCAGGCCAACUGAAAUAGACCCUGUGGUUUCUUUAGCUGCUGCCCACAUUCACAGUUUUACACCGCUGUGGGGGAAUCGCUGCCGGGUUCACCUGUGAGUGUGACCUUCAGAAAAUCAGCAACCACCAUGACUGAGUCAGAUUUACUCAGAGAUUUGUUAAUCAAGCAUGAAGAAUUGCAACAUACAUCAGUCUUAAUGGUGUGAUGGAUUUUGGCUCUCUCAGGGUGUUGGCUCUUUAAGACUACUUUGUGUUUCAGGAGCAUCAGCAAGGCUAUGAAGUCUCUCAUUAAGAGUGUUUUUAAUCUCUGUUCUGGGGCAGCUUAAAUGCUCCUGGAGUUUUCUGCAUUUCCAUGAUUAAUGACAAUGUUGUACGAAAGAGUACAAGCUAGCAGCUAAAACAGUUACUGAUUAAGGCAGUCAUUUUUAAGUUCUCAUCAAUCUAUUCUUGACCCUUUUGUUGUUAUUGGGAGCUAUAUUUAUUCUGUAAUUUCAGUUUGGCUCUGAACAAGAUGGAGCACUGCACCAGUACUCUUGGUUGGUCUGCUCAGUUUGCUGAUAAUCCAGGAGUUUCUAGUUUUUAUCUUUUGGAUCGUCUGCUAGUUGGUUGGUAGGAUGUGAAGUCUUAUGGUUGGUCAGUUUUUGAGUUGAAUGGUCCCUUGAAUGGUCAGUUUCUUUAGGUUGAUUUGCCUCUUGGUUUGUCUCUUGAUUUGUCAGUUGUUUGGUUGAGAGUUUUUUGGUUUGUUGGUUGGUUGUAGAUUGAUGGUCUCUUGAUUGGUCAUCAAUCAAGUUGAAUGGUUUCAUUGCUGGUUGGUUAGAGAGGUGUUUUGUUUUUUGAUGGUCAGCUGCAAAGUUUCUUGGUUUCCAGUCUGUCUGUUUGUUGGUUGGUCAAAUGGUCUCUUGAUUGGUCAGUUGGUUGGUCAUCUUGGACAAUGUGAUGGUCAGUAGGUUUGUGGGUUGGUUGGCCUCUUUCGUGGUCCAUUAUUUGGUUGGGUGGUUAUUCUAAUGGUUGGUCCUGACCUUGGUCAAAUCCUUUCAGCCAUGCUCAAAUAUGUAUUGGGUCGUGUGGACACUGUUGUUUAAUGCUGUUUCAGUGUCCAUAUACUUCUGGCCAUAUGGUGCAUUCAGAGGAAUUCAUGUGUGUUUAAAACCUCACAGCAGGUUACACUGUGUGCAUUUCAGUGGUUUGAUUCCAGGACUAAGCUCAGCAGUGAGCUCAUCUUUGUAAGAGUGUUGGAUUGGCUUUUAUUCAUGUAAACCCUCCCACCAUAACCAGCAGAGAGGCAGAGAGGGGAAAUGGUCCGUAGUGGAAAUGUGCUGGAAAAUAAAGAGUCUCUCCCCCUCUUUUUCUCUUUCUCCACUCAGCGUUCGUCCAACAGAGCACGGAUAAUAAAAAUCUGUACAAACAGUUCUUAAAGAGCUCAGCAAUGGAGGAGGAGGCAGCACAACUGGACUUCUUGAUGUGUUUAAUGUAUGUCUUUUCUGUACAGAAGAGAGUUCAAAGCAAACUUGAAGAUUCUUUGGAAUUUUUUUUGAUGUUUAUUGUUUUGCUUCAGAAAAGUUCUGGGAGAAUCAAAUGUAUUUUGAAGAAACAAAGAAGCUUGUGGUGAAAAACUGAGUCAUUCUUCUUGAACCUAAACAAAGAAACACUUGGAAUCACAGCUGCAUUUUCCCCAUUAGGAUUUUUUUUUCUUUUUGCCACUUUAUCACUUGGUAGAUCAAACUGGCUUUCAGUGUGAUGGUGCCAAUCAGCAAUCUGUAACUCAGAGGUCAUGGUGAAAGCAUUGCUAUCAGGACUGCUAAAGGGGGAACAUUGCCAAUUUCAAUCCCAGGCCUUUGCUUUUGUUGAAUGUAUGUUUGCUUUUCUUGAAUAUAUUUGGUGUUUAGAUGGAGACAGAAAUCAGCUUCAAAAAUAUUCAGAAAUGAUCAGAACGCACAUAAGAUAUUUGAAUAAAAACAAACAUUUAUGGACGUUGACAUUUACAAGAAUAUCUGAAGAUGUUUUAUACAAUCUUACUUUUUCUUACCACUUUUUUUUUGGUUUAUCGUCUGGUCAUCAUUUCUCGUAUGGUCUGGGGUUUCAUGUGCAGCAGCUUUUAACAUCUUCCUUCCUUUCGCCCACAGGUUGUUGUUGAAGUAACAUUGUCAGAUUCUAUAGCAGGUGGGGUUGGACCCCUUGUUUGUCGUCUCCCUGAAGAGGGGUAGGACAGAGGGGAGAGUGAGUGGAGGGGUGUAAAGCAGCCUUGGGGAGCUUGUGGUUCAGCCUAAUGAGGCUGAGAGCUUGUUUAUGGAGUUACGCAUCAUUUUUAUGAUUAUUUCCACCUUUUCGGGCUCUGUUGUGCGGCAGAAUCCUGCCUCUGUUCGGGCUCUGUGAGGCCCUGGUCCUCCACCGCUGAUUCAGAGUCGGGCAGUGGAGGCCUGGAGCUCCUGCUGCAGGCUGUCGGGGACCGACGCCCUAACCUUGGCCUGGCGCUGUGAAAAACACAGAGGAGAAAAUGAGCCUCAUUAAACAGGCAGAGAAAGCGCAGUAAAAACACAGAGCCCGUCAGCUUUUAGUGCUUUUCAGCUGAAAUGCUGCAUUAUGGGCUACGAUUCAAAACCUGCAGGAGAAUUGUGGGGCACAUACAGGGUUAGAGAGCGGGGCAUGGCCAUGGCUGAAGGGUCACAGGUUGGAUCCACUCAUCAACUGUGAAAAUGUGAGCAGAGAAUACAUGAGUAAAUGCAUGUGUUUGUAACCAGCCUGUAAUGAGCAGAAAAGUGCUGAGAGGCCAACGGUGGAGAAGCUAAUGGUGACUAGCUUCAUAACCAGAACUUUGCAACCACAGUGAGUCACAAAUCAAUUCAACAUUUAGACUGUCUCGGUACUCUUUAGACUGUUUCCAUCCAGCUUCAUAACUCACGAUCUACCAUGGGUCACUUAUAUUUCAAAAUUAAAGCACAGUUUUACAAUACAGGAAAAAAAGCAGCACGACAAACAAUCUUAAUAUGAGACGUUUCAGCUUCAAGGUGGUAGAUGAAAUGUUUGUUCCUUAGUCAGACUGUAACACUAGUUUCGACAUGGAUCCUCGUGUCUCCUUUGUUUGUUGAUCAGGUGACUGUCUGGAUAAUGGCAUGGCCUCCCCCAGCACAGGGGACGAUGACGACCCCGACAAAGACAGACUGCACAACAAAAAGAGAGGAAUCUUCCCCAAAGUGGCCACAAACAUCCUGAGAGCCUGGCUUUUUCAGCACCUCACAGUAAGGAAAUUAACAUUUCUUUAACACUGUCAGAUUUACUUCUUUGGAAUCAGGCUUCUGAGGACUCACAAGAGCUGAGAAAACAGAAAGUCUGAUUUGUUCCAGGGUUUUAGUGUGUGAAAUCUUUGGUAUCAUGCUAGCACUUGAAAAAAUUAAGUCAUGCUGCUCUUCGAAGCGUUGUCUACUAACUUACACACGGCAGUCUGACUUUAUUCAUUAUUUCUUCAGUGCGUUCAAGUCUACAUGGUCCUCCAUGGUGUGCACAUACAGACAAAAGAAGAGAGAGAAAGCCUUGCCCUUUUUUAUAACUCUCAGUUUUAUUCCGUGCCAAAGUGCAUUCUGCAAAAUCCCCGAUAAAAACUUGGUCUACAAUUAAAUGUGUAUCCUCCCAAUAUUAAACACAGACAUGGAUCAUUUCUCUCACAGUGAGAAUCGGCCCAUUAAACCACAGCUCUGCAUGUUGAAGGCAACACAAGCAAAGUCAUAGCCUGCAAGUUUCAUCUGUGCAAAUCCACCUGUGCCAUUUUUUUGCAUCUUAGCCCCUACGACCAGAGAGGCAUGGACAGAUGCAGGGAAAUGAUUGGGGUGGGGUGGGGGUGUAUUUAAGCAUGGUUAGACAUCCAGUCCUCUGAAGCACCACUUGAAACACAGGAAUGAAUGAAUUUAUGGUGGAUUCACUUACAUGAGUGAAACCAAGGAGUCAAUGUCUGCUUUAGAGUCUUUCUUUAUUCUGUUGUCAGACUCUCUUCUACAUCCUCUUUCAUACAGUUUCUCUCCUGUCUCCUUGAUCCUCUCUCCUCUGAUAGCCCUGACUGUUCGGCCUCGUAAAAGUUGACAAAAUCUCAUACAGUUUGGGGUUGGAUCGGUACGCUUGUUACCCCAACAGGAAAUUGCAAAAAAGGUCAGAUGGGUCUGUUAUUUGGCCAGGUUUUCACAGUUUUUGACAACAGAAACACAAAUAAAUGCACACUGCGCUGAACCAGACUCCUUAGUGGAAACUACUUUAUUACUAAUGAGACAGAGAAAAAUCAGACACUGAAUUUGUUGUUUGGAUGGGAAAGCAACAUGUUUAAUGACUGAGUUACAUUUAAGAUUACUUUGAUGAUGGGUGAGGAGGCAUCCAUUUUUCUUCCUUUGUUCUCAGAAAUAACACAAAUCCAUACACCAGUUAGUGAAAUUGAAAUGUUUUUAAGUUAUUUGAUGUAGUAUAUGUGCUAACAACAGCCUUAUUACCUUCAAAAAUAUUAGAUUCUAUUGACUGCGAAAAAAAGUGACACACUCAGACUCUGAUAGAUAUUAUUCUUCAGUGUUGUAGCUCAUGUGGUCGAGUUAAAACCUAGCGUGAUUCCUCUUUAGGAUCAUGAGUGACUGUAGAGGCUCAGGUCUAUUUGCACCACUUCAGACUGUCUGAAGGAUUACAGUGAAAGGAAAAGUUCCUAUUAGUCAGUUUUAGGACAUUUAUGUUAAGUGUGAAGACUAGAUCAGUUUCUAAUCAGUCUUAUAACUGAGAAAAAAGAGUGUUAAGAGAAAUGCGUAUUUUCACCAAGCUGAAAUGAGCAGGAGGGUUGGUUUAGUACUGUAUAUCCCAGUCCAGACUGACUCAUGGUUUGGAUUACACCAUCAGAACACCCAGACUCCUAUCCGCCCCCCCUCCCUCCUCCCCCAUCAUCACCUCCUCCUACUCCUCCCGCCUGCCUCCAAACACGGCAAGGCUAAAUCGGUCCUCGCUCUGCAGGGGUCGAGGCCGCUGCCAGGACUCAGAGCUGAACCUGGAGGACAGUGAGUCCUGCAGCAGAUGGGAGGUGAGAGGAGGGGGGAGGGAGGUACCUGAGAAAGGGAGAAAUAAAGUGGGUUAGCUGUCGGAGAGUGAGGUUGUGUGAAGGGCAGCAGUGCAAUUAAUGUAGGAGAACUACAAAAGAUCUACAAAACAACACAGAGGCUGUUUGACUGUUCAGAAAUUAAAUGACUCAACACCUGGCACAGGGUGUCAUGACUUGAUAAUGAAAUCGAGCUUUGUACAUUCACAUCUCAGAAAAAGUAAAGAAGCUUUUAUUUUGGUACGUCUACUAGGCUGCUGUUUGAGUUUGCAUAUUAGAUAAAUACUGAGUGUCACCAAUCUUCACAUUUUAAUAUUAGCAUCUAAUGUUUAGAUGAACACUUACCAUUUACAAUGACAAAAUACCGCACCGGGAAAGGUGACCAAUUAGAACAACAAUUUAAACCUAAAUAUGAUAACUUUGGUGCAAACUAGGGUUUGAGUCAGACAAUCCAGGAAAGAACCACCAGCAGUCACAUGAUCAGGCCAUGCAGGUUGGAAACAGUGCAGCAGGUAAUCUGGUUUAAUUAAAUCACUUUAUCACGUCAUAGUGAAAGUGAUCGCACCAGGGAUGCUUGUAGGGAUCCCUGACCGCCUGAUUGGAAAGGAAAAAUGUGUGAUCAAUAAAUCAUUCAUAAUCGUAGGCAGUCAAAGUAGAAUUAUGAGAUCAAAGUCAUUUUAUGACUCGAGAAAACAGCCAUAAUGUUAUAAAAAGUACAACAUGUUUGCUCAUCCAGUAUCCCUCUUCACAACAACUAAUCAUUGCCUUAAUUGACAUUCUUUCUCAUAAGAAAACUAUUUUAUUCUCAUAACUAAACUUGAUUCUUGGAAUAUAAUGACUUUAUAUGUAUAGGGUAACAACUUUAUUCUCAUAGUGACUUUAUUUUAAUAACAAAAUGACAUUAUUCUCAUGGAGGCUAUAAUCACAAAAUAACUUCACCACCAAAAAGGCUUUAACCUCAUAGUGACUUUGGCUUUAUUUUCAGGGAGGCUCUAUUCUCAUAUCAUAAUCACUUUGUCAUCAUAAUGACCUAAUUCUCAUUAUGACUUCAUUUUUAUAGAGGCUUCAAUCUCAUGAUGACUUUAUUCUCAUAGGACCCUUGUUACCAUAAAAUAGUGAUUUUAUUUUCAUAUCAUAGUUUUAUUUCCAUAACAAUAUUGUUCUCAUAAUGAUAAUGACUUGAAUCUCAUAAUGACUGUUCUCAUGGCGGCUACAGUCUCAUAAUGAGUCUAUUUUUAUAACAUAAUGACUUUAUUUUUAUAUCACAAUUUUAUUCUCAUAAUGAUUUAAUUCUUUUUACAUAACUUUAUUUUCAUUACAACUUUGUCCUUGAAACAUAUUUCUUCUUACAGUGACUUCAUUCCCAAAGUGACUUCAACAAAAGACUAAUAUCAUGACUUGGAUGACUUUAUGCUCACAAAUUGAGUACUUAAUUUUCACAGCAUGCUAUUCUCAUUAAAUAAUAAUUAAGUUCUUCUAAUGGCUAAGUUUUCAUUACAAAACAAUUUUAUCCUCUUAACUUAACUCUAUUCUUGUAACAUUACGACUUUAUUCUUCCAGCAUUUAAACAUAAUUCUUACAACUCACUGACUUAAUUCUUGUGACUAAACAGCUUUUUUUCCGGUAAAAACUUUUACAUACAAGAUUUUCACGAUAUUCACAACGAACACUUGCAAUUAAUAUUAUAAUUGUUGUAGAAGCAACACCUAUAAAUAAAUGUCUUAAUGAGAGAGUCUUUUUGAGAAAUUUACUAAGUUUAUUAAAAUGAUUGCGAAAUUAUAAACCUUUUGAAGUCUGCUGACCUGGUGCAGUGUGUGUGUGUGUGUGUGUGUGUGUGUGUGUGUGUGUGUGUGCCUGCAUGUCUGAGGGUGUUCUGGUUCCAUGGCUGCCUCCCCUGAAGUCAAACAAAAAAUCCUGCAGCCUCCUUUGAGCCACAGCUCAUAAAAAAGCCAAGCCACAAGCUGCCAUGCUGUUUACACCACACACACACACACACACACACACACACACACACACACACACACACACACACACACACACACACACACACACACACACACACACUGCUUUCCUGCUUUUUCAGGUUUUUAUUUUAGAGGAUGUUUGAUGUAAAAGAGCAAAAAUCGGCCUCGCUCCUCUUGACGUAAUUAGGGUGUAAUUUUGCUUCUUCUCGCUCACAAAAUGCGGUUCUCCUCCUGAACGACUUAUCUUGACAAACCUCGAGCACAAACAGGUGGGGGAAGCUGCUUGUUUGCUACCAUUUGUUUACAGUCAACCAACUCGUUAAAGAGCUCCUUUGGUUUACAAAUUACACAUGACUCCAUCUGAGCAGCUGGAACGACUUUGCACGUCCGAGUGCCUCUGAGCACGACUUCGACCGAGUGUCAGAACCUGUAGAAAACUCCAACGCUGCUAUGAAGGGACGAGAGACUCCUGAACUUCAAAGCCAGCACCACAAUUACAGAGCAGGACUUCACCCCAGCGGAGGACUGGGCCUCCUGAGCUGGGCGGGACAUAUGAGUUAGCAGGAAGCCCCGGCGUUGACCUCACUGCUCCCCCUGCCCUCCAACCAUCAGGGGUCAGAGGUUAGCGGGACACCUCCAUCCAUCCAUCAGCAGCUGUUUACAGCCUGAGAGCUGCAGAUGUGGUUGACGGCGAGGCCACAACGACCUGCAGGCAGCAACACGUGCUCAGCUGCCUGCCGCUGCCCAGCAAAGGAGGAAUAACACAAUACCAUUGGUUUGGUAGUGCACUGAGAUGAAUCUGGCUUAAACAUAUAUUUUUUUUUAUUUUGCCUCUAAUCUAUUAUUCAAUUUUCCUUCAUGGAUCAAUAAUGUUCUUCUUCUUCUUCUUCUUCUUCUAAUCUAUAUACAGUCAUGGAAAAAUUAUUAGACCACCCCUGUUUCCUUCAAUUUCUUGUUAAUGUACAACUAAAAGUGCAGUAGUUUGGACAAAUAUAAUGAUAACAACAAAAAUAGCUCAUAAAAGUUUAAUUUAAGAGUUGAUAUCGAGCCAUUUUCCAUGUUUUUCUUGAUAAUAACAAGAAUCCCUUGAGUUCUUACAUCAAUAGCUAUGGCAUUGUUCUGCCAAAAACAAAGCUUUAAAGCAUUCCAUGUUUUCUCUUCUGCCUGUUGGUCACAUGAUACACACAGGAGUUAGUACUUGAUUGGAUAACUAUUGUUCUUGAUGACUGCAGCCAUGCGUCUUGGCAUGCUCUCCACCAGCUUCUGACAUUGUUCUGCUGCCACAGCAGCCCAUUCCUGUUGCAAAAUUUAUACCAAAUCUGCUUUGUUUUUGGGCUUGUGGUUCUCCAUUUUGAGUUUGAUGAUGUUCCACAGGUUUUUUAAAUUGGAUUUAGAUCUGGUGAUUGAGCAGGCCAAGGCAUAGUUCGAAUGUUUUGUUUCUCCAAUCAGGCUUUAAUUGAAGUUGCCGUGCAGCAAGAGGCAUUGUCUUGCUGGAAAAUCCAGUCAUUCGAGCCAGGAAAGAGUUUAUCAGCUGAUGGAAGAAGACUGUUUUCAAGAGUAGCCCUAUACGUGACCUGGUUCAUUUGCCCUCACACAACUGCAUUUGCUCUGUUCUACCCAUACUGAAACAACCCCAGAUCAUCAACGAUCCACCCCCAUAUUUUACUGUAGGGGCAAGACAGUCUGGUUUGUAGGCUUCUCUAGGCCUCCUCCAAACCAGUAAGUUUGGUGGAGUGGGCAUCAACUCAAAAUCGAAUUCAUCACUGAGGAGAACCUUAGCCCAAUCAUCAACAGUCCUACCUUGUGAUCCCUUGUGAAGAGUAACCAAGACUUCCUCUGUCUUUCGUUGAUGAAGGGCUUCUUUUGUGCCCUGUGUGACUUCCGACCAGCUUCAAGAAGUCAAUUUCAAACUGUCCUUGCUGAACAAGUCACAGUCCCCACUCAUUUUUAAGAUCCCUGUAGGUCUGACGACAAUUCCUAACACAGGAACGGAUGAGAACACUGUCUUCUUGUGGGGUAGAAAGACGUUUCCUGCCUCGACCAGCUAGCAAUUUGGUAGUACCAUGUUUGGCUUGCUUUUUCUUGGACAGCUGUCUUGGAGAUCUUAAGUUUUUUGGCUAUCUGUCUCUCACUCAUGCCAAUGUCCAGCAUUACCAAGAUGGCUGCCUUUGUGGCUUCACUCAAUCCUGUUGUUUUUGGCAUUAUGUUAGAGCUGACAACUUCUGAGUUGUGCUAUGGCUUGAAUGUAAGCGGUAAACAACUCAAGGCCUUUGCAUGUUAAUGACAUUACAAUUAAGCUUAAGCGUGUCAAAUAGGGCAUGAAAUAUUAUGGAAUAAGUUGCAUUUUCAGUUACGUUCAUCGUAUUUUUCAGGUCAUAACCUUGCAUAACCUGCUCACAACCUUUUAACAUGUGAUGUGUCAUGUUAUUUGUAACAGUUCUUUAAAUGGAAACUGUACCUUGAAAAACAAUUGUGGUUACAUUGUCCUUUGUUAUUGACAGGUUUGACGCAGGAAGUUUGAUUGGUCAUGAUCAAGAAGUGACACUGAUGAGCAAAGUGAUUUCCCAAAAGUUAAACUAUUUUAUAUUUCACAAAGAGAUGACAAACAGCUGACUCUGAGAGCUUCUUUAUGCACUGAACAUGCAAACCCACACUAAGUUUCACUAGAAACUUGACAUUUCUAGUGUAAACAAUGCUGUCAGCCCACACGGUACCUUGGCUUGUGUAUUUUCACUUCCUUUGCCUUUAGUAACAAUAUGCAUUUGUAAACAUUGGUCAUUUUUUUAUGUUAGCUCCAUAAAAUAUGAAUUGCUUUAGUUUUAUUUCAAAGCAUAAGACCAUGGUAUGAAUGAGAUAACCCUUUGUGUCAUCCAUUGUGAGGAAAAAUUUUAUAAAACAGAGUAAAACAAACUUUUGUGCACUUAUUGACUCACAGGAACUACUGCAACAGAUUUAGAGUCCCUAAACUAUUUUUCCUGGUGUUUUGAUUUUGUUAAAAUGAACUUCUGCUCUGAUUCAUACAUGAACACUGACACUGAGGUUGUUUUGAUUGCUUUAUAUUCUGUAUCAUAUGGAUGGUAGGUGUGGUUUCUAUUUGAUCCAUUUACAGGCAUUUACCAUACAAAUACCUGCACUUUUAUACUUUCUCUUUAUUCUUUGUAGUUUUUGUAUUCCCAUAUGAAGAGAAAAUAAAUCUGAAACCACCUAAACUGGGAAAAGCAACCAUUAAACUCAGUAUUGUAUUCUUCUCUUUGUGUUUGGUUCAAAGUAAAGGCGCCUGUUAUCAAUCGUUCAUCUCCCUGCAGAGUGAGGGACCGCUCCUCGCACUGCAGUGAAAACAUCAUCCAUUACCUUUGUGACAGGUCCCCCAAAGACCCCAGGGCCCAGCUCUCUGUGGGCGUCACCUUUAUUGACCUCUCCCCCCUCAUCACACACAUACACACACACUUCAUAUAUACACAAAAAAUGUCCAGCAUGUGGUCACAUACAUCACGGAGCAGCCUUUUCUCUCUGACAGUGUAAAUGAGUGUCCGUCAGAUAAUGAAGCAGGCAGGCGAUUAAGCGACAGAUGGAGGGAAGGAUCCCAGGUGUCUGAAAAACUAAGUGCAAGAAAAAAAUAGUGGAAUAAAACCUUUAAGUUUUUUUUUUCUCAGGGGUACUGAAAAAAGCUUGCCUAAACCUUUUCCCCUGACACAUCGAGGCUACAAUUCUACAACUGCUUUUUGUGUACUUGCAUUUUGUUGCUGCACCCUGCUCAGCGGAUUUUGAUUUUAAAUUAACUUUAUUUAUUUUAUAUUUUAUAAUGAGUGCACAAUUCCAGACUAAAAGACAGAGCAGAAACCCUGAAAUUAGACUGUGAGGUGGACCAGCCCUGAACCAAGCAACAUGUGUUUUUACUUUGUGGGUUCAAACUUUUAAUUUUCUUACCCAGUGUAUGUGAUGGGAGUGAAGAGGCACUGCUGGAAGGAUGUUCCUGAUGAGAGCUUGACUGGAAUAGGAAGUCAUCUGUACACCAUUGUGUGGUUUGACGAUGGUUUAGCUCAUGUAAAACAUUUUAAGCUGCCAGAUAAACAGUCUGAAGGUUGCUGCUGCUCUUACCUUGUCUUGUAUUGUUUUGUAUGAAAUCAUCUGCAGGACAAUUACAGUUACUCCCUAGAGGAGGCUAGGGCUCUGAGACUGAAAAUGUGAGAAAACCGCCUCAUGAUUAUUGCUCUUUGUGGCAAAUUAGAUGCAGUUUAGCUCAAUUACCUGCUAUCAGAUCACAGGGGAAACGCUAUGAUGGGCAGGGUGGGAGACAUCCAAGACUUUCCUUCCUCACCACAAAGAGAAAUGUGGUGAGUCUUCUGGUUGUGACUGGAGGUUGUUUGAUUUGCUGCUGAUUUAAAUAACAUUUUAGGAUUUAGAGUAAAAACAGGAGGUGGUGAAUGGUGAGAAACUUCCCAUAUGACUCACUGCCUUACUUUGCUUGAUUUCUAACCAUGACCAGAUGUCAGAAAUGAUAAAAACAUGUUACACAUUAAGCUUUUAUUAAGUGUUCUUUUUUUCCAUUGUUGGUUAUAGUAUUAUUUUCAACACUGACUUUAUCUUGACUUAUUAUUAAAAUAUAACAGGCUAUUUCUACUAGACCUGUAAAAGUAGAAAAAGUUGCGUUAAGCCCUUGCACUUGCAGAGUAGCUUUUACAAAAAGAUAAAUGUUUUUCUCUUAAAAAGUCUAUAGGAAGCUCAACUUAAUACGUAAACAUGCAGUAAGGGCCUAUGUCCACUGACUGCAUUUUCUGCACUGCAGUGCAAAGGCUCAAAAUAAAGCACGUUUUGUCUUGUUUCCAGGAAAAAAUGGGCCUUUAGGCUUGAUUUAAGCUACAUAUACUCAGUCAUUCCAGAAAAAUGUAUGGGUAUUUUUACUUACUAGAACUAAUUCAGUUUUUUAUUUCUGUGUGCUUAAAAACAAGUCAUUUUAUAUAGCUUAUGAUAGCCACACAGUCACUAUUAGUAUCUCUUCAAUUUUUAGUUGAAUGAACCUCCAUUGGUCAGUCAUUGAUGACACAAGGGCUUUUGUCAUCAAUCAGUUUCGACAUGACCUGUACAAAUAAAAAAGUUUCACAGAAAGCCAAAUGUUCUCUUCUCGUAAUGUCACAAAUGAAACUACUUUCCAGUCCUCCGACCAAUGUGAACACACAAUCCCUCUAUGUGUCCGGUCCAUUAGGAUGCUCUGCUCAAUCUCUGCUGACUCGAUGAGUCUGAACUAAAGCUGUGGUGCAUGUUGCAUCAGUGUGAAAAUAGCUCCAUAAAGUGCCGCUAUCUGGGUCAGGGAUGGGCAGCAACGUGCCGCAGAGGAUCGGCAGCAGCUGGUUUUAGUCGGUAGAUGAAGAGGAAACUCUCUCUGGCUGUCAGCUGUUGCUUUGAAACGUUAUUUAUUGUCCACAGUGCUUGGCUUAACUUUACAUGAACUUUCUUUUGCUGUGCACUCCUGCACUGUUUAUUUAGAGCUGAUACCAGAGAGGCCUAAUCUCCUAAUAUACCUAACAAGAUAGCAAACACUGAGUAGAUAUAGAAAGCAACUAUCUUUGUAAGUUUUACUAACUCCUCUUAGUUUCUCUGACUUUUCAGAGUUAAAUGAAAAGAUAUAAAAGAACACACUUUGAAUAUCCAUACAGGUCAUGAGUACCUGCAGACAACACCUUUCAUAGCCUGAAAGAUUUAUGGUUGGAGGACUGAUUUACCUUCCACUCAUUUAAAACUAAACUAAAAAAAACUAGCUAAAAUUUAAAACUACAGGAGUUUAAUAAAUGAGGGACAAUUUGUUUCCAUGUUCUUGCAAUUAUCCCCAUAAGAAUAGAUAUUCAAAACAAAUGUAAAUAUUGAUUAUUGAAACCAGUCAUAAAAAUCUUACAGACAAUAUCUUCUAUACUCUGAAAGUCUUUUAGAAUCUUAAAAUGGGUUAGUAAAAUUGGGAACAAAAGGUUGUCAAUGUUCUGGCCAUAGUCUCCACAAGAAAGAUAUACAAGUUUGAUCACACACACACACACACACACACACACACACACACACACACACACACACACACACACACACACAAUAUAUAUAUAUAUACUCAUAAACAAAUGCCAACAGCACAAACACACUUGGCAGACCCCAGGGGUGUGUUGUGCCACCUUAGGUCUGUUCUGAUCCUUUCGUGUUAAAGAAACAAGCCUGAACGCCCCCUGAAUGAACACACACACACACACAAACACACACACACACACACACACACACACACACACACAAAGUCUAAUAAACAGGGCUCUCUCUUCGCUUGGCUUCUCUCUCUAAUUGGCUCACCAUUUCUUCCUAUUAAUUAUGCUCCAUUUCAUUCCUCUUAAUGAGUCUAGCCCCACCCCCUUCUUUAACACUGAUUAGCAUCUUUCACCGACACUAAAAAUAAAAACAACCUUGUUUUUUACAUAGUGUAUUAACAUUUUCAUAUUUUGUCCUUUUGCAGCACCCAUACCCAUCGGAGGAGCAGAAGAAGCAGCUGGCUCAGGACACCGGCCUCACCAUCCUGCAGGUCAACAACUGGUGAGUCUGUGACAUUAGCAAUGCUGCACUCACUGUUGUUGUGUUUGGGAAGCACACCCCAUAGAGGCCGCCUCCAGCUAAUGAUUUGAAUGAUUAAUUCCCAUAAGGUUAGCAUCCUCAGUAACAGCAGGAGGUUGUUAAUUGGAUGGUUGAGGGAGGUAGAGACCUGUAGGAUGAGUUCAGGUUUGUUGUGUUUACUAACACCCAAAGAAGACAUCAUCUGAUUACACUUAUUUAACACACAGUAAAUACACUUUUUAAGCUGCACAUUACAGAAAAGAAAAUUCACAAAUUUAGAUGGGGAUUACGGAUAAUGAUUAGGUUGUUACACUAGAUUAGAUUAGAUUAGAUUAGAUUAGAUUACUGACAUGAUGCUACUGUCAUUUUUCUGCUUAUCAACCAGCCACCAACAGGAAUAAAUAAACUGACAGAAAUAUUUAUUUAAGACUUUUUAUUUUAAAUUUAAAAUAACUAAAUUAUUGGAUGAUAAGGUAGAAAUCCGGAUAUUACAAAGGUUAAAGUGUUAAUGGAGUGAAACCUUGCAAAUCUAAGCACCUGGUACAACCUGGAUGAGAAUUUCUGGAUUAAAUUAGCUCAACUUGAAAAAUCUUUUGACUGGAAAAAAGACAAAAAUAAAAUGACACUAAAACUAGACUUUUUAUUUUGUUGUCUAAAACUGCAUAUAAAUGAAAAAAAAAAAAAAAACGACGAAAAUGUGACAAUGAAGACAUUUCUGUUCAAUGGUUGAAAGUCUGGUGUGGGGAGUUGUUAGCGUUUAUCAUACAGGUUGAGGGAUCCAGCCCAGGAACAUGAAUUAAACACGGAAAACAAAUAUAUACUCAUAAAACUAGAAAUGUUGAGCAGCAGUUUUUGAUGAUAGUCCUAGGUUGAAAUCUGAGUGUUCCCCUUCACACCGGGAGCGUUUUUUUCGUGCGAUUAUUUCGGACGUCAAUAUUUUGUUUGAACCUGUAUCCUGUCAAUACAAACGUUCACAUCAGUGAUGUUUUCCCACAUUAAUUUUUUUCGGAUCACGGUCGAUUUUUCUAAAGUUUUGCAUACUGCGUGUCCACUUCUGACAAUUUUCAAAUAUUAGGCCGUUGCUAUGGUAACAGGUCUGCAACAUCUACAGUAUUGUUCUUUUGGCUUUGUCAGUAGAUUCAGGAAAAAAAAAGUCCAGUGUGUUUUUGCAUAAAUAUACAGAGAUGAUUGAACUACACUUCUAUAGGAGUCAUCUUUCUAUCAUUUUUCUCCUUCUUUACCUGUAUUUCCUCUCCUUUUCUCCUAACCUUGCUUAAUUUCUUUUUCACGUGUCCUUUCCGAGUCCUUACCUUCUGGUCCGGCCUCACUACAACCUCUCCGUUGUACUUUUCCUCUUCUUUUAUCUGUCUUGAUCUCAUCUCACCUCAUCUUCUCCUUAAAAUGUAACCCUUAAUUGUUUUUUCAUUUGAGUUAGUAUCAACUUUUACUUCAAGACUUUUCUCCUUAAGUCAAACUUUGUGUAGGAUGGUUUAUGAGCUGCACAUGUGUGUGUUUGUGUAUGUGUCAGUUGGUGUAAAUGGCAUUUUCAUGGCAAACAGCUGGACUGGUUUAUUUAAACACAGUUAUUGUGGAGGUGAGGGUGUAAGGGGGAAGGAGGGGAAGAGGGGGACUGACCUGAGAGUGACACUCUCAGUGGGCGGGGCUUAGUUUUACUAGCAGUGGGGUUUAGGUCUGUGUGUGUUUGGGGAUUGCUGUGGUGGUGGCGCGGGUCUGUUUGAAACACAGCCGCCCUGGGGCGUCAAUUGUAAGGUUAUUAUUAUUGGAAAGAACAACAGUUUUAGUCCAUGGUUCAGUUUUAACCUGCAUUGGUUGAUGCAGGGAUGUUCACAGACAAUGGUGUUAAUAAUCGAUCUUAAGCCCACCAGAGUCAUGUCUGUCUAAGGGCCUGAAGAUCAGGACCACCGAGUAUUGGUUUUGGUCCUUGUCCCUUUUGUACAGAGAUUUCUCCAGACUCUCUGAAUCUUUUAAUGAUAGAUAGAUGAUAGAUGAUGAAAUCCACUCAUUCUUUCACAUCUGAGACUCAGGAACUUUAUCCUAAAACUGUUGUUUUCUGUGAGAAAACUGCACAGAUAUUAUCAGCCCAGAAAAGGUCAAAUAUUUUACUCAAAGAUCCUGUCCAGCUUGCUGUAAUAUAGCUUAAGAUCCUGUUGGAGCAAACAGAUCCUCCCUGAUACCCUCUAAAAAUUCUUCCUCCCCUCUACACCCCCCCCCCCCCCCUUCCUGCUGCUUGCCUUUUUUUACUCCUUGAAAAGGCCGCUGUGGCUUUUGUAUUCCUGAAAAGGAAACAGGGUUGUCCCCCACUUUCUUCUUCUUUUUUUUUUUAACCCCCCCUCCUCCCUCUUUUCCGAACUAGCUAGAAUGGAACCAUCCCUCCCGGGGGUGAGAAGGUAGGGUGAGGGUGGGUAGGGGUAGUUGUAGGGGGACAUAAAUCAAGUGGGGAACCACAGAGCCUUCACUCCAGGGCAGGUCAGGAGGGGCGACAGGCGGUUCAGAAGGCUUUCAGCUGAGGAAGACCAGAUCGCUCCUCUCUGCUGAGGGAGGCAGCAGGGGAACACGGGGGAGUUAUGGGAGGAAAAGGGGGAGUGGUGGGGGUCACAGAAGGUGUCAGGUCAGGGGUCACGCAUACCAGGAUGAUGGCUUUCAAGAGUGUGCUUAGGAGGGGACAUGUAUGAAUGCACCACUGCUGAGGGCCCCUGAAGCCUGAUGCUGUCAUAGACUGCAGUCUGAGUUCACACUCUUCUUCUACUGUAUUAACCUGGUUCAGAGACAGGGCAGUAACAUCUGUGUUAACCAAAGUAAGACCGUCAGAUGACUCAUUUUCUAAAAUCCUGUUUUAUUGCAGGAUUUUAAUAAUUAAUUACAAGUAAUCACAUUUUUUAUUGCAUGUUCAUUCCAUUAUUUUGCAUUUCAAACCAGUCUUUAAGUGCAUAAUAUUAAUGUAACCUAUUCUUCCAAAUGUCUGAUUUGUGAAUCCAAUGAAUGCAAUGAAAUUUAUUUUAUGAUCUUGACUCCUGAAAAUUUAUUCCAGUAAAUGCUGAAUGCUAUGUCAUUGUGGUCUAAAACAGUGACUUAGAGAGAGUACAUAAGUUCAUAAGUUCUUAAUUGUCAUAUAACAAGUUUAUUAUUAUAUCAGUUUUAAUUAUGAUUCCCGGACAUUUUCGGAAAUACGCAGGAGUGCACGCACAAAAUGACCAACCAGAGUCAAUAUUUUUUUUACAGUUAUUCUGAUGAAAUUCUAAGAACUAAUAUCCAGUAAUUUCUGGUUAAUGCAACUGAGGAGCCCCAUUUGGUUGCUUUUUCUAGAUGUGUAUGUUUACAUACUGCCAUUUUUAGAUGGGAUGUUUACCCCCCACUUAUUCUAGUGUGCAAUGUGUAUCUCACUGAAGGAUAAUCCUCAGUAGCAGAAUUGAGGGGUAGGUGGCAUUGUGUAGGGUCAGCGCUGGCAGGGCGGAACAGUGCUGUGUGUAAUCCAAUCACAACAUACAGUAUCAGUUAUGUUGUAUCAUUAAACAUUGUAUCAUUGCAUUAUAUUAUUUCAUCUUGUAUCCCAACAUACUAUACUAUAAAUAAUGUCAUAUUGCAUCACAUCAUAACAUACUGUACCGUAAAGUAUCAUAUCCUUAAAUGACAUAGUAGCAUAAUGUAAUAUAUCAUAAAUUAUCUUAUCAAAUCGUGUUGUAUCAUAUGAUAUCUUAUUGCCUCAUGUGUUUUUAUAUUGUAUCCUGUUUUGAGGUAUUGUGUUGUAUUGUGUCAUUUUAUAUCGUAUCAUAUCAUGAUAUAACAUGUCCUAAGAUAUUGUAUUGUAUUGUAAAGUAGUAUUGUAAAGUGUCAAGUAGUUUUGUAUCAUAUCAUAACAUAUUGUAGCUUAUCAUGUAUAUCAUAUUGUCUCCUAUAGUAUCAUAUCAGAAAUUACAGUAUCAAAAUAUCUUAUCAUAUUAUAUGAUAUUAUAUCUUAUCAUUUCAUGUCACUUCACAACAUAAUUAUUAUAUCAUAAAGUAUCCUUUUAUCAUGUUUUAUCAUAACAUAGUGUAUUGCAUAAUAAAGCGUUGUAUUAUAUUAUGUUAUGUUGUAGGGUACUUUGUGGUAUCCGGUUGUAUAGUAAUUAUUGUAUUAUUGUAUUUUAAAGUUUAUCAAUUUAUACAGUAUCAACUCUUAUUGUAUCAUGACAUAUCAUGUUGUUUCAGAUCUUAUAACAUUGCAUAUUAUCAUGUGUACUGUAUUGUAUCCUAUCAUAAUACAGAGUAUCAAAACAUAAUGUAGCAUAUUGUAUCAUGUUGUAUCAUAUCGUAUCAUAUUAUAAUAUAUCUAAUGGUAUUAUCAAGUAUUGUAUUGAAACAUGUCAAAUAGUAACAAACAUCACAUCUCAUCCUUUUUUUGACAUAUAUCAUAAUAUAUGGUUUCAUACUGUAUCAUGUUGUAUCAAAUGCUUUUGUGUUAUGUCAUGUCAUAUUGUAUCGUUUCAAACCAUAUCAGAUAGUAUUGUAUUGUAUCACUUAUCUAAAUGGUAUUGCUGACAGCCAAAAUUAAACAGUAUCAAAAAAGCAGUGGAAGUUAAGGUUACACCAGGCAAACAAGGAUAAUGAUGUUUUACAUUGAUGCAUGAAGAUUUUACAGUCUUUCUCCAUCACAUUCAAAAUAUCAGGAAGAAAACAUUUUAAAUCUUAGAGAAACUGGAGGUACUCUGCAAGCAGUGAGGCAUUCAAUGUCCCACUGUGAAUCAGAGCCUUGCCUUUCAAAGCACAGAGGAGGUUGUGUUUUCUCUUCAGCCUCUCAGAUAAAAAGCUGAAACCACGCACCAUCAGCCCACUUCAUUAUUAAACUGUCAUUGUGUUUUCACUCUUUUUGUCCACCUCCUCAUCUUUCUCUCUUUCCCCUUUUUCAGGUUCAUCAAUGCAAGGCGGCGGAUCGUUCAGCCCAUGAUCGACCAAUCCAACAGAGCAGGUAAAUUUGAUGUGUCUAUUUAUAUUCAUCCAGCAGUGCAGAUCUGCAUCCAACAACAGCAAGUGCUUCAAAUAUUCAUAAAUCAGUUGAAAUACAUUCAGAAAAACUGACCUCAUGGAAUAGAAAGUGGAAAAUUAAAUCUCAUUAUUGGAGAAAUGAGUAUGCUCAUUUUACAUGUGAUGCCAAAAUGUUUCAAAACAGGGUCAUGUGUGUCACCACUCCUUUGCUUACCAACAUUCUGCAAGCAUUUGUGCACCCAGGGCUCAGGACUGCAGAAAGACCAGUUAAUCAACUACAGAGUCAUGCUGUUGUAACCCCUGUAGGAUGUGAUUUGUCAUUGUCCUGCUAAAAAAAAAUGGUCUUCGCUCAAAAAGUCAUUGUCUGGAUGGCAGCAGAUGUUGCUACUAAACCUGUAGGUAUUGUUCAGCAAUAAUGGAGCCUUCACAGAUGUGAAAGCUACCCAAUGACAUGGACUCUAAUGAUCCUCAUACCAUCAUGAACGCUGGCUUUGAACUGUGUGCUGAUAACCAGCUGGAUGGUUCCUCUUCUCUUUUUGGGAGGACGAUGCAGCAUUUCCAAAAAGAAAGUCAAAUUUUGCAUUAUCAGACCACAGGACAGUUUUUCCACCAAUCCUCCAACCGUCAAACGCUCUUUUAUUUAAUCAAUGAUAUACACCGUUGUGUACUCAAGUUGUAGAGGAAAUAAAAACAUGCCACCACUGAUAAAUAAAAGCCAACAUGAGUUAAAAGACAAAAAGAAAACAAACAAGAGGAUUCCAGUGUCUUUUCCAGUAUUUAAGGAUGGGUGUUUGUCCUCAUUUCCUGAACCAGGAUACGAUCCUCUAAAUAAGUAACGUGCAUGUAAACAGGCUGAAUGAAAGGCUGAAUCUGAGCAGGAAAAAACUUAAGACCAGCAGCUUCUCAGAGUCUUUUGCUCUCUUGGCUCCUCGGUGUGUUAAAGCGAACAGAGAGGCUUAAACUCCAGGAUUGAAUUGCCUCUAAACCCCUGCGGGAUUAGCUCCAGACAAAGACGCUAAUCGCUUUGACUGACCACUCCAUUGAACAUUUUAACCUGGGAUUAAAACAAAUAGGAGCCCUGCUAAAGCCGGGCCAAAGCAGCAAUAGCCUUUUGGCCUCUGAGCUUUGUUAGCAUUAACCCCGGGCUGACUUCAGCACAAAAGCUUUGACACACAUGAGAAACUGUUAAAGACUCGGGAAUGUGAUAGAAAAACUUCUCUAACUUAUUCCUGAGAAGAAACUUUAUCAAGCUAAUUUCCCCAGGAGGAGAAAAGCGUUUUAUUUAAAAUCGUCUCAUGACUGAUUAAUGACCUGUUGCCUCCUCUGCUUCUCUUCCUUCCAAAGAUCAGAUGCUCCAUGAGGAAAAAGGAAAAAUAAAGUUAUCGUAAACAAGCAGAGAUAAAUCCAGAGUGCACUGAAACACACGCGAUUUUUAUCCUCAGACCUUAUGUAGAAAUACAAUAAAUUUCAUCUAUAAACAUGAGUCACAGCUGAAAAACAGAAGAGAUGAAGAAAACACAGACUUUUCUAGAGCUGUUUUGCAAUUAAUGAUAUCAAAAAAAGCUGUUAAACCAAGUUUUUAUCAAACAACUGGAGCAAAUAGUGUUUUAUUUUAGGGACUAGUUUCUGUUGCAGAUGAAUACACAUUUUCUGCUCUAUUUGGAGCAGCAUGAUGGUUUAUGUUGGACUGAUGUCACCAAGACUUGAAUAGACAUAAGAUUUGACCAGGAUAGAUAGAUAGAUAGAUAGAUAGAUAGAUAGAUAGAUAGAUAGAUAGAUAGAUAGAUAGAUAGAUAGAUAGAUAGAUAGAUAGAUAGAUAGAUAGAUAGAUAGAUAGAUAGAUAGAUAGAUAGAUACUACUUCAAACUAAUCGUCUGCUACAGAGCCAUGCUGUUGUCAUAUGUCUUUGUGUUGCUUUAAUCAAUGUGAAACAAAGACAGAGAAAACCACAGAGAUGUCUCACUCUGACCCAAACUGUGGGACAGACUUUGUGUAACAUCCUCAGGUCUGACAGACGGCGACUGUCAAACCACUGUGAAUGUGAGAGUGAUGUCAUCACUGUGAGACAGCAGGCAGCCAGAUAAUUAAAGAGAGUAAUCUCCCGUCAUGUCCGCAGUGAGCCAGGCAGGACCGUACGGCCCAGAUGGUCAGCCAAUGGGAGGCUUCGUUAUGGAUGGACAGACACACAUGGGAAUCAGACCACCUGGUAAACACACACCAGUUUUUUUCUCACUCCUUAUGUUGUUGUUUACUGUUGUUGUUUUCCUCCCCAACUGUGUCAUUUAAACACAAAUUAUUAAUAUCAAAAUAAUAAGAGAUUGACUGAAAUCAGGCUUAUCAACGGUAUUUAGAAAUGAUCUUGAGACUAACAGAUCAGUGAUGUGUUUUUGUCCUGCAGGACCUUUAAGUGGAGUGGGGAUGGGGAUGGGUGUGGAGGGACAGUGGCACUACAUGUAAAACCACCAACACCAGCCUGCAGGCAGAGGAUCCGCCCAGAGUCCCAGGAAACCUCAGUGAGUAGCAGAGUCGGAUGUUUAAAGGGUCAGUUCACUCAAAUAUACAAAAAAAAAAAAAAAAAGAAAGAAAAAAAAUCCAUCAGUGGUACAGUGUUGGUAAAACACUGACGAAGUUGGUUAACACUAAAAAACAGCUUGAUGAACAUCUCCAAACUAAAGAGGUAACAGUUGAUCAGUAACAUGACUGGGUUUUAAAAGGACAUUCAGAGAGGCUGAGUCUCUCAGAAGGAAAGAUAAGAAGGAAGAAAGUUCAAUAGUUUCAGAGUAAUGUUCCUGAGUGUCAAAUGUGAAAGAAUGAGUGGAUUUCAUCAUCUACAGAACAUAAUAUCAUUCAAAGAGAAUCAAAAUCUCUGUACAAGAGGGAAAAGGACCAAAACAAGACUGGAUGGUCGCGGUCUUCAAGCUCUCGGGCAGCACUGCAUUAAAAACAGACAGAACUCUGCAGUGGAAAUCACAGCAUGGGCUCAAAAUCUCUUCCAAAAACAGUCGUCUGUAAAGACGGUUCAUCAGUGCAUCUAUAAAUGCAGGUUAAAAGUGAACCAUGCAAAGAAGAAACCAGAUAGAAGCAUGACCCAGAAAGACCAAAGACUUCCCUUAACUCUCCUAAAAUUCUUUUUGGAAAUUGUGGAUGCCACAUCCUGUGCUCUAAAGAGGAUGGGUACCACUCAUUUGCUCUUUGAGGGGGAGGGACCUGAACCCACUUAUGAUGGACUGAGGGGAAGUGGAAAACUAUCCUGUGGUCCAAUUAAUCAAAAUUUGACGUUCUUAUAUGACUUGUCACCCAUUGAAAACAUUUGGAGCAUCAUGAAAAAAUAAGCUGAACAUUGUGCAAAGUCCUUCACAACUCCAUGGCGUGCCGAGAUCUGUCCAAAAGUGGUGAACCAUCAACUCUUAAACGGAAAACUCUGAUUUGACUUAGCUCACCUAUACAGACCAGGUAACUUAGAGAACGGCAGCAGAGAGAGACGUGUUUCCUGCACAAACACAGAAAACAUGUCUCUGGGCUCCUCCUCACUAAUUAAAGGCACUUCUCCAAUCUGAUUUAAAGGUCAAUUAAUCCCCUGAGAUCUCCUCCACACUCUAACGACCCGAUCAUUAGAGAGAGACGCACAACGCUCUCAUCUCUUUAUUUGAUUACACCGAGUCCAAUUACUCCGUAAGCAGUUUUCAUUAUUAGAAAGGAGGGGAGGGGGUCAGUGAACGCAGCACUGGGAGGGAAGAUUAAGAGGAGUGUGGGGGAGGAGGGUUUAUUGAAAUGAGUCCUUCUUCCUUUUGACUUUGCUCUCAGGAAACAAUACACCUGUCAAACAUAAACAUACACAUAUGCUUAGGAAAUGAAAACCCUGAUGCUCUUUAGUCUCCUUUUCUGAGACUAAAGUGAGCUCUUGUUUACAUCAUACUUUCUGUUUCCUCUGCAGGACCGCAGACAUCCUCCUUGGUAGGCGUGGAGCCGGACCUCACGCCUCCCUCACCUGUCCUCCUCAUGGCCCCGCCUCUCUGUGCUAAUCCCUGGCCUGAUUACUGACACACCUGAGCCUGCUCUGUGACUGAGAAGCGACCAGCUCAAGCACAAAUAAAAGAGAAAAUCGGGACAAACAAAGGGAUAAACUGAUAAUACCUGGGGGGAUCUUUCUGGAUCACAUGUUGAAAUGCUGAAAUAGCACCUCUGGAUUUGGUCCGUUCCACUUUGGACUACAGAAACCUCAAGGGGAUUUUUGACCCCUGUAGAGUGUCCUUUCUCUUUUUUCUUGCAGAUGAACCAACGCUUGUUUCUCUGGAGAAUUUUUUUCAAACGAGACCAUUUUUUAGGGAAUGAUGUUCUGAUUUCUGGACGGCAGAGACUCCCAGAGGACGAGAGGCCAGUUUUUAAAAUGAUCCGCUGCUGCCUUUUGGACAAUAAAACCCAGUUUUUACAGAAAAGGACUUUGACUUUUCACACUGUGUGUGUCUGUCUUUUUUCAUAGACUCCUACCUUACUUUGAUCCCCACAAACCUCUGAGUUCUGAAAUAAAAACAGAGAACUUUUCUUCCUCGACUCUUCUUCGUUUUAUUAUCGACACCUGGAGGUUUUGGCUCCGCAAACUUCACGAAUCCUUCACUGGAUUCAGAGGGAAGGAUUUGUUUUUGGAUGGUGGCUUUACUUCAACGUGAUUUAUUCUUAGUGCGAUUUUCUAGUUUUACCCCAAAAGGUAUUUUUUAAAUCUGUUUAGCUCAGCACCCCUAAAAAACAAACAAUAACAUAUUUUUAAUAUCCUAGAAGUCAUUUUGAACAAAGUUUAGUGAAUUAAAUUUAUUUGAAAUCACACCCAAAAAAGACCCCACCCUACAGCUGGUUUCGCUGAGCUAUAGGAAUCUAAAGACUGCAGUUCUUCAAGUGUCCACAAGAGGCUGGAACUAAAAAAACACUCUUUCAAAAUCAUUUCCUACAUAAAAAAAGGUUAUUUGUUUUUAUGAAAGAUUUUUUUUAACUAAUCAGAAAUAAAGUAAUAGUAUUUCAUAAUCUAAAUUUCUUGUUUCUAAAUAAUGAACCUCGAAUGUACACAGUUUUUUUUAUUAUUUUAUCAUUCAAGCUUAAUGAUAAAUGAUAUGGCUAUUUAUGCCAUCUGUGCAUUUUUAAAUCCAUAAUUAAUAUCUCUGAACUGAAUUGGAUGAUAGUUUUUUGUUUCUAUUAAUUAAAAGCUGCAUAUUAUUAAACAUUUAAAGGUCCUCUAAGAAACUUUGGCACCCUCUGAAAUAGUGCGGUCUCACAAAAUAAUCUCAAUAUUGCUGAUUUUGACACUGAAACGUGUGAUUUUUGUGAACAAUUAUCGGGGCAAAUCUAAAGACAGGGAUUUUUCAUAAGCGACUAUUCUCGGGUUUCAGGUGUUACAAAUCACAAAAUAAAAAUCAUAAAUCUU